AUGGGUGAUUUAGAUACGAGUAAGACUGACGUAAGAGAAGUCACCAUAGGUCAUCAGUCUUCCUAUGAACCUCAUAUGAUCGAAACCGAGGUGCUUUCAUUACAAACUUUAGAUAAUGUUCCUUCAAAUCCCGACCCUAAUAUUCCUAAUGAUAACAAUGUUUUAGAAGAAUCAAAAUUUGACAAAAUUAAAACAAACACAAAAAAUAUUUUAUCAAAAUAUCUAAAAUUUGUUGGCCCAGGUAUUAUGGUUGCCGUUGCAUAUAUCGAUCCUGGUAAUUAUUCUACUGCUGUUAGUGCUGGUGCUUCCAAUGAAUUCUCUUUGCUAUGCAUCGUCUUACUAUCGAAUUUCAUUGCCAUCUUUUUACAGUGCCUUUGUAUUAAAUUAGGAUCUGUAACCGGUAAGGAUCUGUCAAGAAAUUGUUAUGAGCAUUUACCUAGAUGGUUGAAUUAUAUUAUCUAUUUUUUCGCUGAAUGUGCGAUCAUCUCAACAGAUGUAGCAGAAGUUAUCGGUACUGCAAUUGCUUUAAAUAUAUUAAUUAAAGUUCCGCUUCCGGCAGGUGUCGUAAUUACCAUCGUCGAUGUUCUAACAGUGAUGGUUGCUUAUAAGCCUGGUGCUUCAUCAAUGAGAUUUAUCAGAUAUUUUGAAAUGGGUGUUGCAUUAUUAGUCGUUGGAGUUUGUAUUUGUUUCGCCAUCGAAUUAGCUUACAUUCCAAAGGAGACUUCAGUUAGACAUGUAUUUAGAGGAUUUGUUCCAUCCAGUCAAAUGUUUGAACAUAAUGGUAUAUAUACAGCCAUCUCAAUUUUAGGUGCUACUGUUAUGCCCCAUUCUUUAUUUUUGGGGUCUGGUUUGGUUCAACCACGAUUGUUAGAUUAUGACAUUGCUCAUAAUAACUUGGGGGUUCUUACAGAUAAUAUAGACGAUGAAGAAGAAGUCGAAGUUGGUAAUAGUAAUGCCAUCAAUAGAGAUGAAGAAGACAAAAAACGUGCCUCAAGAGAACAAUCCAUGGAAGAUAGAUAUUUUAACUAUAGACCAACAUUAGAUGCUAUCAGAUAUUGUAUGAAAUAUUCUAUGGUUGAAUUAACUUUAACUCUAUUCACAUUGGCAUUAUUUGUUAACUGUGCUAUAUUGGUUGUAUCCGGAUCUACACUUUACAAUACCCCUAACGCUGCUGAUGCCGACCUGUACGCAGUUCAUGAUUUAUUGUCAUCAAAUUUAGCUCCUGCUGCGGGUACUAUAUUUAUGUUAGCACUAUUAUUCAGUGGACAAUCUGCUGGUAUUGUUUGUACAAUGGCUGGUCAAAUUGUUUGUGAAGGUCAUAUAAAUUGGAAGUUAGCCCCAUGGCAAAGAAGAUUAGUAACUAGAUGCAUUUCCAUUAUUCCAUGUUUAGUCAUAUCUAUCUCUAUCGGUAAGGAAGCCUUAAACAAAGCCCUAAAUGCUUCUCAAGUUGUGUUAUCCAUUGUUUUACCAUUCUUAGUAGCUCCAUUGAUUUAUUUCACCUGUUCUAAGAAAAUUAUGAGAACUGAAGUGACAGUUCACGACUCUGAUCUUGAUAUCACUGAACAACAUUUAAAACAAGAAGAGAAAAACAUCGAUAUUGUAGAGAAUGAAGAUGGUACAACGAUCAAGGUAGUAAACAUGGCAAAUAACUGGAUAGUUACAAUAAUCGCGGGUAUUGUUUGGGUUUUCUUAUCUCUGUUGAACGUCUAUGCUAUUGUGCAAUUAGGUCUAACGCACGGUGACGUCAGUUAA